AGAUACAAUUCUAUAAGGAAAUCAUCAAACGACCUCUUGUAAUGGGUCCUCACUGCCUAGAGUACUGUCUGAAACCCGAAAUACUCAGCAACCAGGAGCUGUCAUGACUGUAGUGAUUGGAUUUGAGGGUAGUGCCAACAAGAUUGGUGUGGGCAUUGUGAGGGAUGGAGAAGUACUCUCAAACCCCAGACGCACCUACAUUACACCCCCUGGUCAAGGGUUCCUGCCUAGUGAGACAGCCAGACAUCACCGCAGUGUCAUCCUAACAGUUCUGAAGGAGGCGCUGGAGGAGGCAGGGCUGAAGCCUGCUGACGUUGAUUGCGUGGCAUACACAAAGGGACCAGGGAUGGGUGCCCCCUUGGUGACAGUGGCUCUGGUGGCGCGCACAGUGGCCCAGCUGUGGGGGAAGCCUCUCCUGGGUGUCAACCACUGUAUUGGCCACAUUGAGAUGGGCCGCCUCAUCACUCAAGCCAAUAACCCCACUGUGCUCUAUGUCAGUGGGGGUAACACACAGGUGAUUGCAUACUCUGAGCGGCGCUACAGGAUAUUUGGUGAGACCAUCGACAUUGCAGUGGGCAACUGCCUGGACAGGUUUGCCAGGGUGAUAAAGAUUUCCAAUGAUCCCAGCCCUGGGUACAACAUUGAGCAGAUGGCCAAGAAAGGUACACAGUAUGUGGAGCUUCCAUACACGGUGAAGGGGAUGGACGUGUCAUUCUCUGGGAUUCUAUCCUAUAUCGAGGAAGCAGCUGGGAAGAUGUUGAAAUGUAAUCAGUGUACAGCAGAAGACCUGUGCUUCUCCCUACAGGAGACCCUGUUUUCCAUGCUGGUGGAGAUCACAGAGAGGGCCAUGGCUCACUGCAGCUCCCAGGAAGUGCUCAUCGUUGGAGGCGUUGGCUGUAAUCUGCGUCUGCAGGAGAUGAUGGGAGUCAUGUGCAAGGAGAGGGGUGCAAAGCUCUUUGCUACAGAUGAGAGCUUUUGUAUCGAUAAUGGAGCAAUGAUUGCACAGGCUGGCUGGGAGAUGUUCCGAUCCGGUCAGACAACUGAGCUGUCAGACUCAUGGAUCACUCAAAGGUCUACCAUAUUGUGCUGUCAUCCAGUGACAAGAGAAACAUUGUUGUUGGCAGGUACAGAACAGAUGAAGUGGAGGUGACCUGGAGAGAUUGACAGCUCACUACCCAACAGGCUGCAACUUGCACCCACCCAUCUUCCCUUUACCUGGAUUGUAUGUGUUGUGUCAUGAUGGAGGGAAACAAUGUAGAAAUAUUCUAUGCCUCACUUCUAUUGUUCUGAACUCAACACAACAGUUUUUAGCCACACUCAUUAGUAUUUUAGGCCUAGAUUAAAUCCGGACUGCAGAAAAUCUGCGCUAUUGAAAUGUAAAGGCAAUGUUCCCGUAUUUGGAGAAAACACCUUUAUCUUUUGAUCUUUUGGGGCUUUCUCUAGCGCUGGAUUCAAUCUGUAUCGCAGAAGAUCCGCAUUAAAGUCAUGUCUGAUUGAGCCAACAUAUGCAGCGUUUACCGUGAAUGAAGUCUCCGCGAACGCGGGAACUAUGCCUUUAAAUGUCAGUAUAAUGCAGAUCUUCCGCGAUACGGAUUUAAUCCAGCCCCUAGUCCACAAUAUAGCCACGUUUAUACCUGGUGUUAACGUGUCCUGAUCCUGUCAACAUUCUGAUUGCGCCCAUAUUUUUUGACAAGUGUAAACAAUUAAAAUUAGUACCUCCGGAGAUAGUCAGUGAUGCGUUGUAAUGUAGCUAGAUUUCUUACAACUGUAAACAUCUGAAUUAUCAAACCAUUUAAAUCAUUCCUUCUAAAAUCAUUGACAGGUGGCAAUAUUGGCUUAACAUUAAAUACAAAUUUGCUUUACACUGAAA